AUGCUUUCCUCUGUGCCUAGGUGGUUUUGGAAGAAUUACCAAUAUGUACUGGCAUUUCUCUUUGCCAUUGAGGAAAUCAACAAGAACCCCAAUCUGCUACCCAACAAUUCCCUGGGUUCUGACAUCUACAAUGCCCUUCCCAGUGAGCACCGGACUGUAGAGAAUGCUCUACUGUGGCUGUGUGGAGGGAAUCAGUUUUUCCCUAACUACAACUGCCAGAACCAGAAGAAAUCUAUUGCCAUUGUUGCAGGAACCACAUCGACAUUUUCAGCUCAGAUUGAAACCCUGUUGGUGCUCUACAAAAUCCCACAAGUCACAUAUGGUCCUUUUGAUCCCAUCCUAAGUGAUAAAGACCAGUUUACGUCACUCUAUCAGAUGGCCACCAUGGACAGCUCUCUGGUCUAUGGAAUCAUCACAUUAUUGCUGCAUUUUGGCUGGGCUUGGGUGGCCCUCUUUGUAUCUGAUGAUAUGAAAGGUGAACAGUUCUUACGGGAACUUAAAGCAGAAAUGGUAAAGAAAGAUAUCUGUGUGGCCUUUACAGAAAAGCCCCUUUCCAUUAUGAAGCUGUAUGGAUUAACUUUCACUAUUCUGAAUCGGAUCAGAGAUUCCUCUAAAAGGAUUAUUCCUGGCUUUGCACAAUUUAUCAACUCACUUAACCCUUACCAAUACACAGAAGACUUUUACUUUAGUAAAUUCUGGAUUAAUCUUUAUAACUGUCCAGUUGAGUGGACACAAUGUGAAAAAUCUAUAGACUGCCCUCCAAAUGUCUCCUUAGAGUUUAUAGAAGCACAUUUUAGCAUUACAUCCACAUAUGAAUCUAGCUACUUUAUCUAUAAUGCUGUGUAUGCAGUGGCCCAUGUUCUCCAUAAAAUGCUUGUGGAAAAAAUAGAAACAGGAUCUACAGGAGAUACAGACCAGCCUAUGCUUCUACCCUGGCAGCUUCACCCAUUCCUGAAGAAAAUACAAUUUACAAACAGUGCUGGUGACCAUGUAUCCUUAGAUGAACAAAGAAAGCAGAUCGCACACUAUGAUAUCAAGAACAUUGUGAAAUCUGGUUUCAGUGGGACCAUGGUUAAAGUAGGAGAGUUCUCUAGUAGUCCACAUACUGAAGGCUUGGUCAUCGAUGAAAUGAUGAUAAAAUGGCCUGCUGCAUUCAAAGAGGUUCCUCUGUCAGUGUGUAGUCAGAGGUGUGGUCCAGGAUUCAGAAAAAUUCCAAAGAAAGGAAAGCCUCCCUGCUGCUAUAGCUGUGGUUUUUGCCCAGAGACAGAGAUUUCUAAUCAGACAGAUACAGAGAGGAGAGAUACAGCUCCCCAACAGUACCCAAAUAAUGAGAGAACUCACUGCCUCUCCAAGUCUGUGACCUUCUUGGCCUUUGAGGAUGCUCUAGGAAUGGCUCUGACAUGCAUGGCUCUGUGCCUUUUUGUCCUCACAGCUGUGACUUUGGGGGUCUUUGUGAAGCACCGAGACACACCCAUAGUCAAGGCCAAUAAUCGGGCUCUCAGUUACACUCUUCUCAUUGCCCUUCACCUGUGCUUUCUCUGCUCCUUACUCUUCAUUGGUCGUCCCAACACAGCCACCUGCAUCCUCCAGCAAAUCUCAUUUGGAGUUGUGUUCACUGUGGCUGUUUCCAGCGUUUUGGCCAAAACCAUUACUGUUAUUCUGGCAUUCAGGGCUGUGAAGACUGGAAAAACAUUGAGGUGGUUGCUGCUGUCAGGGGCUCCUAACUUUGUCAUUCCCAUCUGCUCCCUCAUCCAAAUGAUUAUCUGUGGAAUCUGGCUGGGACUGUCUCCCCCUUUUCUUGACACAGACUCAGUCUCUGAGCCCAAACACCUGGUCAUGAUGUGCAACAAGGGCUCAGCCACUGCUUUCUACUUUGUCCUGGGAUACUUGGGCUCCUUGGCCCUCGGAAGCUUCACUGUGGCUUUCCUGGCCAGGAACCUACCUGACACGUUCAAUGAAGCCAAGUUCCUGACAUUCAGCAUGUUGCUGUUCUGUAGUGUCUGGGUCACCUUCCUCCCUGUCUACCACAGCACCAAGGGGAAGGUCAUGGUGGCUGUGGAAGUGUUCUCCAUCUUGGCCUCCAGUGCAGGGCUCUUAGGCUGCAUCUUUGCCCCUAAGUGCUACAUUAUUUUGAUUCAUUCUGAUAAGAACACUUUAAAAGGAUUAAAGAAUAGAAACGCUUCCAGAGGAAAUGAACAUUUUUAG